UGACUUAGAAUCAGCAAGGGAAGCGUGUCUGGUGAUUGUCAUUUUGCUUCCCCUCUCUCAGACUGGAUCCUCUCAGCUGACGGCGAUGGGUUUGAACUUCUCUGCACAGCUGGACAACAGAAUGCGCGAUUACCUGAGAGGGAGGGCCGACGGGCUGCUGAAUGACAUGCUCCCUCACUGUCGCAGGCAGUACGCGGCGGCCUUCCUCACCAAGGUCUGGAACGAGCUGGAGCCACAGGCCAGCCAAGGCACUCAGCUACUGCAGAGCAAGGAGCCCAAAGAUACUGACCAAGUGAUUUCCAGUGGGUACAUCAUGCAGUACAUGGAAAACAAGAAGAAGUGGAAGGAGAGAUAUUUUGUCAUGAAGGCGAGCUACAACUUGGACUGUUUUGAAAGUAAAGAGGCUCACCAGAGAGGACUGAAACCAGAUGGCUCGGUGCACCUGUCGGGUUACAUCUCGCUGAGCUCAGCGUCAGACUACAGGGAGAUGCUGCAUCAAAGUUGGCCGAUCUUCAACGGUGUGGCAGACACUUACUUGGAGGAACAGCACAUGAACUUCCCAACGAGUCACCACCUCUUCCUCUGGCACCCCUACAGACCCCACCUCCUUCUCUGUUUCCACACUAAUGAUGGCUGUCACACCUGGAGCAUGCUCUUUGCUGAUGGGAUCCGGCAUCGGAACACUGUGCUGUUUGGCAGAGAUUCCUUUGAGGUCCGUGCAUUUCUGGAGGCUGUGCGAGUGUACCGAGAGCAGAAAGGACGUUACGGAAUCUGUGACUUGUACUUGGGCUCAGAGACCGAGAUCCUGAGUAACCUGGUGAUGGAAGAUCUGUGCCCGGUCUUGGAGUCUCAGCUCAUUCCUCAUAUCAGAGGGGCAGAAAGCAAACGGAAACAGACCUGGCUGAAAUUGUUGGGCGAGAUGUAUGCAGUGGUGGAAACUCAGGUCUCAGCGGAGUUCCGGGCUCUGCUGGGAGAGAAUGAAGAGCAAAGGCAGCGAUUGGAGAGGACAAUCCGUCCCGACUUCAACCAAAUCCUUGCCGCCAAGAAGCAGCUCAUGGAGAAGAUCCAAGCUUCGCUGGGGGAGCGGGUGCGCUGCUUUUGCCGAGAGCAGGUUCGGCCCCAGCUUGGGCCAGUGCAGGACGCGGUGGCGGGUUCCAUGGGCGCCGUCCUUGGCGAGACCCGAAGGCUCUUCUCAGAGGAAGUCAGUGAGGUGAUCAACAAGGUAAAGAGUGGAGGAGACACCUCGUCACUGGCCCAGGUAUGCAGCCAGCUCCAGGUUUUGCCACAUCACUCGGUGCAGAUGCAUCACUGCUACAAGAAGACAGAAGAGCUUGAACGAUACCUGAGCAAAGUGGGGCCUCAGUUCACUUUCUGUGGCAGUCGUUUUCUGAUCCAGCGAGCUCAAAACAUUGUCCAACAGCUGAUGGAAGAUGCGGUUUACACCUUUCAACACAUGGUCGCUUCUAUGCAGCCAUCCAUUGGUCACCCUGCCGAAACCAGCCAGCUCCUGGAUAAUACCAGGGUGCUAGUACUGAAGAAGUUUGGCUCGGACAGCAAUGCGGCUGGGCGCCAGUUUGUUCAGGACGCCCUCCUGGAACUUUUCCUCCCGUUUGUCCUGAAGACCUUGGAACCUGUCUGCAAACCAGAACUGCCUGCGUAUGAAGCGUACCUGUCUGCGGAUGAUGAGGGGGUGAUACAGAUUGAAAGCACCUACAAGGAACUUGUUCUUCAUAUUGUGUCAGAGGAAAUUAACAAAGCCAUGAAGGAGAACUCCACACGACCAAAGUUCAGUCUAUACAAUGAAAGCAUGGCUUAUCUGUGGGACAAUGGGCCCCAGCUCUCCAUUGCUGAAUCUACCCAUUCAACAAGUCCCACAGAAUUACCAGGGCAGUCUGCAGCACUUGGGACAAUCAAAGAACACAAGGAUCACACUGAGAGUACACAAGCCUCGGGAAAUAACAUGAUGGCUGAUGGACUGUGAUAACUAUGCUUGCGUGAGGACCGGGCUAUUGUCACUCGAGGUGAUGGACAAAAGCGAUCCGACAUGUGGGACAUGUGCAAAUUGGAAAUUAAGGUCAAAAGAAACCUGUAGCUCACUCUAAUGAACCAAAGUCAUUUGGAGCCAUGAGGGAGAUCCUGGACACACUCUCUGAGACAAAUGAUGUGGAGGACUCCAGUCAUCCUUCAGAUAACUAUAACCUUGGAUUAUCCAACAGAGGGCAACACAGUGAGAACUGUGGGGCCAUGAUAGGUGGAGGCAAUUGAUUGCAAAAUGAUCUAUUUCAUUAGAAAGAUAUCAUGGAAAAUUAAGAUUUGGAUCUGUAACAAUUUUUUAAAUGUAUGAUCUUGUGUAGCUAAAGUUAAAAGUGUUCUUAUUGUGGAAGACCGAAAGCUGUAAUUUUGGUUUUGUAGUGGAGUUGGAAUCACAGUAAUCACUUGUUUAUUUAUGCAUUCAGGACCAUCGCUGCUGUGCAGAGCCCAGCUCUCUGUGUGCACACACCAGCCUGAUUGCAACAAAUUGUGAUGACUUUCAUUUAGCCUUUUAUGGUGGGUUUUUGGACUCACUGUAACUUGGUAGUUUGGCUUCCUGGAAUGGAUAUCAACAUUAUUGUCAAUUGUUCAUUAAUCUAUGCAAAUCUUAUACUAUCUCUAUAGCAAAAAGGAAUUUGUAAUUAAAAUUGUGGUUUUGUGAUUCCUGAGAGGCUUGUUUUGUGAUCCCUGAGAGGCUUCAUAACAGAAGAGCUAAUUUGGUGCCUGGAUGUCUUGUAGAUGCUUUUCAAAUAACUGAAGACCCUUUUAGCCGAAGAAAUGGUAUGACCUUCUUUGCCGGUACGAUCCUCAUUAAACCUUUUUUCUGAGCA